AUGGAGAAAGUGAAAAAUUGUCUUAAAAUGACGUAUUGUGGUUUGACUCGUUACUUGAUUUGUGAAGUGAAUUGCAGUUAUGAGGAUAUAAUUGAAAAGAUUCUAAAUCAAUUUGAUAUUCCUAAAGAAUACGGAUCAUCAAUACUCAUCACAAAUGGAAAUGGUUACAUUUUCAACAAAGAUUCCUUAUUGUAUUUCUUAGUGUUGUUUCCAAGUCCGGAAAUUACUUUCUUCAUUCGUUUAGAUAGUUGUGAUUUUCAAAUAAACACUAAACGAUUUCGAUUAACAGCUGAUGACAGUCAACUAGAGUUUUACCCUGCAAAUACGAUGGAGUGUCCUAAAACUACGUCUACAAUUGAGGAUAAUGUGUAUAAAGCGGUACCAGUAUAUCGCCAGCAUUGUUUUUUAGGAAAGUUUCCAGCGAAUACAGCACAGAUACCAAAUAAUUUGCAUGUGAAUCUUAAAUCAACAUUAAAAACUAUCAAACGUCGACAUAUCUUAUUAUGCAAAAAGAUAGUGAAAUCUGCUCCAAAACGCUCUUUACGAAUUUAA